CCCACCAGCACCUGGCCCGGCCCCGCCCGGCCCUCCCCGCCCGCGGUCGCGGUGGUGGGCGGGCCCUGGUGGCGAGGCCUGCAUGUAGAUGCGUCCCCCGCCUCCCCAGUGCGUGCUGAGGUCAGGGCGGGCUGCGCUGCAAGCGUGGAGGAGUGGGGUCUGCGCUCGCGAGAGCCCCAGAGCUGCGGGGGAGGAGCGCCUGGCUUGGGCCGGGAGCGGUUUCGUCCCGCCGGGAAGUCGGGGGCCUAAGCAGGGCUCUUCCAGUCGUUGGCAAAGGAAGGGCGGCGUGUGCGCGGAGCGGGGGCGUCUAGCCCGCCCCGCCGCCCUGCUUCUCCAUGCGGGCGGCGGCGGUGAGCUGGGCUGGCUCGCGGGGCGCCGGGAGCAGCGCGCGGUGCUGACAGGCCGCGGCCGGGAGAGACGAUGGCCAAAUGGCUGAAUAAGUACUUCAGCCUGGGCAAUAACAAGACCAAGAGUCCCCCGCAGCCUCCGCGGCCCGACUACCGAGAGAAACGCAACGGUGCCGGCAGCGCGCCCCGCCCCGACGAGCCGCCGCACCGCCACCUUCACCACCACACCUCGCCCGGCUUUCCGCAUCGCCGCCUGCGCGACGACACCAGUGACCUGCUCCGCGCCUACCGCGCCCAGAAAGAACGUGACUUCGAGGACCCCUACAGCGGGCCCGGCUCGUCCCUGAGCAAGUUGCGCGCCAUGUGCCGCCUGGACUACUCCACGUCCUCGGACGUGGGUGAGGCGGCCCCCAAGACUUUCUCCUCCUCGUCGUGCUGCGCUGCACCCCCUGCCACCUGUGCAGCCGGCUCCGCACACCUCUUUCGCAGCCACAGCGAGCGCCGCCCGGCGACACCGCCCAACGUGAAGUACAUCUCCCCCAAGCACCGGCUUAUCAAGGUCGAGAGUAGCGAUGGCGCAGGCGAGAAGCUCAACAAGGGCUCCAAGCAGCUGGCGACCUCUGUCCCCUCUGCCAUGAAAGAUAAAGUAUUGAUAGCUGAUGACUACUCAGAUCCGUUUGAUGCCAAAAGUGAGUUGAACAGAAUGGGAAAAGGGGAGAACACUGGCUAUAUGGAACCGUAUGAAGCCCAGAGGAUAAUGACUGAGUUUCAGAAGCAGGAAGGCAUGAAGUCCCAUCAGAACAACCUGCAGCUCUAUGACACACCCUAUGAACCAGAAGGCAGUGGUGUGGAAUCCGAUUCUGAAAGUGUGGCGAGUCACCGUUUACGAGAAAACAAAUUGCCCCAGGAUGAUGACAGGCCUGCAGAUGAGUAUGAUCAGCCAUGGGAGUGGAACAAAGUCACCAUCCCAGCUCUGGCAGCCCAAUUUAAUGGAAGUGAGAAAUGGCAAGCAUCUCCCUCUCCCUCAAAUGACCAGCGCAGGCGGUUAAGAGCACCUGGAGGAGGCUUUAAACCCAUCAAACAUGGCAGUCCAGAAUUUUGUGAGAUCCUGGGAGAGAGAAUAGAUCCAACUAUUCAACUGGAAAAACAGAUAUGGUAUCAUGGAGCAAUCAGUCGCACAGAUGCAGAAAACCUGUUACGUUUAUGUAAAGAAUGUAGCUACCUUGUAAGAAAUAGUCAAACAAGCAAGCAUGACUAUUGUCUUUCACUGAAGACCUCCUGAUGCCUUCAUCUUUUGUUGAAAUGUGAACACAGGGUGUGCCAGAGCCUUUCUCUUGUAAUAGAUGGCAGCAGUGGGAACAGCUGUGUGAGGUGUGAUCAAGUGGAUGAUCUGCCUAGCCUGGUGGCAGAGCUACAAGAGGAAGUAGAAAGGUUAAAGAGCAUCAGGGAGUUUGAGAAAGAGGUAGGCUGGUGGAACCAUACUCUGCCCUCCCUUAGACAGAAACAGGAACAGCCACCAGAAAAAAACCAAGAUCAAGGGGAUCCUGUAUCCUCCCCCUGCCAGGCAGAAGGCAGUAGCUUAAAGGAAAGGAGUGAAUGGAGGGAAGUCCAUGCUCAGGGUGGUAGACAAGCCACCUCCUUGCCUACCUCGCCUUCCCAAGUGCCUCCGUACAACAGGUAUGAGGCUUUGGAUGUGGAAGGUCAGUUAAUGGAUGAUGUGAAUGAUGGUCCAUCUACACCAGAGGUGUUGCCAAGGUCAGAAAGGCCUAACCCCUGUAUCAUGACCACCUCCCCAAGGAAGAAAAGAUGGGUUAUAGUUGUAGGUGACUCCCUUCUGAGGGGAACAGAGGGUCCAAUAUGCAGGACAGACCCACCUCUUAGGGAAGUCUGCUGCCUCCCUGGGGCCUGGGUUAAGGGCAUCAGUAGGAAACUUCAUAGCCUGGUUACAGCCCUCGGACUAUUACCCAUUACUGCUCUUCCAUGUGGGUGGCGAUGAAGUCACAACACAUAGUCCAAGGGCAAUCAAAAGAGACUUCAGGGCCUUAGGAUGGUUGGUAAAGGAAUCUGGAGCACAGGUAGUUUUUUCCUCUCUCCUUCCAGUUGUGGGCAGCGACACUGGAAGAAACAGAUGGACCCAGUCUAUUAAUACAUGGCUCUGUGCCUGGUGUCACUGCCACAGUUUCAGGUUUUUCGAUAAUGAGAUUGUCUACAGAGCACCAGGUCUGCUGGCGUUGGAUGGGAUUCACCUUUCUCAAAGGGGGAAGAGGCUCUUAGCUCACAAGCUAGUGGGGCUCACUGGCAGACCUUUAAAGGAGACUUGAAGGGGGAAGGGGAUAAUAUCAUACUUGCCCAUGACAAGCUGUGGGACAACACGCCAAGGUUAGAGGGGCUAGCAAGGGCCCUCAGCCUAUUGCUCUGAGACAUACUGGGUACACCGCAGCACACCUGAAGUCUUACAGAGAUGAGCCAGAGGCUCAUGAGGUAAUAAGAGCCAACAGGGGAACACUGGUGACAUACCUCAAAGGAAUUAAGGUGUGUUCCUCUAAGAAGGUGACAUGGCUGACAGCCCAGCUGAAGUGCGUCUACACCAAUGCAUGCAGCAUGGGCAACAGACAGGAGGAGUUGGAAGCCACCGUGCUUCUAGAAAGCUACAACCUUAGUUGCCAUUACCGAAACGUAGUGGGACGAAUCUCAUGACUGGCGUGCAGCUGCACAGGCUGUUCAGAAGGGGCAGGUGAGGAAGGAGGGGUGAAGGGAUUGCCCUCUACAUCAAGAAAUGGACAGAUUGUGAAGAGCCUUCUCUGAAGAAUAGCCAUGAGCAGGUUGAAAACUUAUAGGUAAGAAUUAGAAACUGGGGAAACAAAGGGAACGUUGUGGAUGGUGUUUACUACAGGCCACCCAGUCAAGGGGAGCCUAUUGACAAAGCCUUCUUACUCCAGCUACAGGAGGCAUCAGGCACGCAGGUUCUCAUUCUGCUGGGUGACUACAACCACCCCAACAUCUUCUGGAAAAGUAGCACAGUGAGCUGUAGGCAAUCCAGGAGACUUCCGGAGUGCAUUGAGAUUAACUACUUACGGCAGGUAAUAGACAGCCCUACCAGAGGGGAUGCGAUACUGGACCUGACGGUCACCAACACAAGUGAGCUAAUCAGAGAUAUCAAGAUUGGAGGCAGCCCAGGCUGCAGUGAUCAUGCACUGGUGGAGCUCACAGUCCUGAGGGAUAUGGGUCAGAUGAAGAGUAAAGUCAGGACCCUGAAUUGUAGGAAAGCAAACUUCCAUCUGUUCAAUAAGUUAGUCAAUAGGACCCCCUGGUAAACUGCCCUCAGGGACAAGGGAGCAGAACAGAGCUGGCAAAUCUUUAAGGAUGCUUUUCACAGAGCAUGAGAGUUCUUGCUCCCCAAGUGUAAGAAAUCAGGAAAGGAAGGCAAGAGACAGGCAUGGAUGAGUGGAGACCUGCUGGUCAAACUAAAAAGCGAGGAGGAAAUGCACAGGGAAGCAGGACAGGUAUCCUGGGAAGAGUAUAGGGACGCUGCCUGGUUGUGUAGGGAUGAGGUCAGGAAGGCCAAGGCGUAGCUGGAGCUGAACUUGGCAAGGAACGCAAAGGGCUUCUAUAGGUAUGUCAGCCAGAAAAGGAAGGCUAAAGAAAGUGUACACCCCAAUGAAUACAACUGGCAAACUGGUAACAACGGACGAGGAGAAGGCUGAGGUACUUAACAUCUUUUUUGCCUCAGUCUUCACUGGCAAUCUCUUCCCACACCUCUUGAGUGGAUGGACCUCAAGGCAGGGACUGGGGGAGCAAAGUCCCUCACACUGUAAGAGAAGAUCAGAUUUGUGACCACCUGAGGAACCUGAACAUACGUAAGUCUAUGGCACCUGAUGAGCUGCAUCCCAGAGUCCUGAGGGAAUUGACUGAUGUAGUUGCAAAGCCACUGUCCAUGGUAUUUGAAAAGUCAUGGCAGUCAGGUGAAGUCCAACCAUAUCCUGGGCUGCAUAAGAAGAAGCAUGGCCAGCAGGUCGAGGAAGGUGAUUCUACCCCUCUACUCCGCUCUGGUGAAACCCCACCUGGAGUAUUGCAUCCAGCUCUGGAGUCCUCAGUACAAGAAAGACAUGGACCUGUUGGAGCAGGUCCAGAGGAGCACCACAAAAGUGAUCAGAGGGAUGGAACACCUCUCCUAUGAGGAAAGGCUGAGAGAGUUGGGGUUGUUCAGCCUGGAGACGGGUCUGGGGAGACCUUAUUGUGGCCUUUCAUUAUUUAAAGGGGGCUUAUAAGAAAGAUAGGGACAGACUCUUUAGUAGGGCCUGCUUUGAUACAACACAGGGUAAUGGGUUUAAACUAAAAGAGGGUAGAUUCAGACUCAAUAGAAGGAAGACAUUUUUUACAGUGAGGGUGGUGAAACACUGGAACAGGUUGCCCAGAGAGGUGGUAGAUGCCCCAUCCCUGGAAACAUUCAAGGUCAGGUUGGAUGGGGCUCUGAGCAACCCAAUCUAGUUGAAGAUGUCCCUGCUUAUUGCAGGUGGUGUUGGACUAGAUGACCUUUAAAGGUCCCUUCCAACCCAAACUAUUCUAUCAUUCUGUGAUUCUAUUCUUGAUAUACUUUGUGUCCCAAUGGGUUUCUAGCUUGAGUAGUCCUAUGUCUUCCCCUGUUUCAUGGUAAGAGAGAUUUCAAGCCUCUGUUCCUUCACAGUUUUGUUGACUUUAGUGAAUAAGCUAGGAAGUCUACCAGUGGUGCAGCCAAUGUUCAGGUGGCUUUGAACUCUUUCCAGUGCCUCAUCUUAUUCACAUAAGACACUCUGUUUCACCUCAUAUUUUCACCAGGACAGAUGUAUGGCUUGUACAGAAGUGCUCAAACAAGGUGUGUGGGGGGUUGUUUGUAGAGUUAACCGUAGACUCAAUGGCAACCAGCCAUCCCUUCUUCAGAUUGUACUGAGGAUGUGUAUAGCCUAGUUCAUGGUGGUGAUCCCACUGCUGGAAGUAAAAUUGCUUCUGUUUACAGAAAAGAGCCCCUGAAACAUUCAAUUGUAGACUUAAGUUGCUGGCUGAUACCACUGGCAGGCAGUUAAUUUCUGUUAUGAUCCAUCCCUAGGAUAAGAGUAGGAUAUGCAACUGGACUUCACUUUUAAAAAAAUCAUAAAGGAGCUGCAGGCAUUGGGCUGCUGGCAUGAGCAUGCUUGGGGUUGUGUGUAGGUGCCUGACUGCAGUGGUUUUGAUAAAGCCAACCAAAUAAGAGACUCUUUGUAAUAAUGCACUUGUCCUGCAACUGCUACACAGAACCUGACCAUGUGUUGCUGUACCAAUCCAGUGCCCCACUUGCCACAUGGGACUG